CUCUUCCCCUCCCUUCUCCCUCGUUCUCCUGGAGCGAAGGCGGGUAUAUAAGAGGCCCAGGACACCACCGCCACCACACACGCGCCACACACCAUCUCUCGACACCACGACUUCGUUGAACGCGGCAGAGAAUAUGGACUGCAAGCUGAUCCUGCUAGCUGCCCUCGUGGUCAUCGCCGCUGCCAGACCCCAGGAUGAGGAACCAGCUGUUUAUCAGUUCUCAUGGGAAGUGAAUGACCCAGAGAGCGGCAAUGCCUUCGGACAGACGGAGACUCGUGAUGGAGACAACACCGAAGGCCGUUAUGAGGUGGUUCUCCCUGACACUCGCAAGCAGAUUGUAACUUAUACAAUUAACGGUGAAGGAGGUUUCAUCGCCGAUGUCCAGUAUGAAGGCGAGGCUGUGCUCAAACGCUAAUAGAAAACGGCGAUAGAGAAAGUGGGAAACAUGAAGGACAAACUAUGUCAAAAAUAUAUGGAUUAUAUGCAGUCACAUACUUGUCAAUCAUGGACGAUAUGUCGCCUUUCAUAGCAUUGACAUGAAUGUAACGUUUCAGAUUCGUGUGGAUGAGAUGGAAAGACGUCAAUUCCACGGUGCUUCCUCAAGUAGUAUGACCACUGAAAUACGAAAACUUUAGCCAUUAUCUUUCACAAAGACUAAAUAGUCUUUGACUUUACAUACCGCUGUGAUAUGGGUUAAUCUUCAUAAAUCAGACUACUUUUAUGUUACAUUGUUGUCUGUUAUCUUGUAUCUUUGUUUCUGCAUUUCCCACACAUAUUAAUGCAGUAAUAAAUUUUACAAUUUU